AUGAACAAGUUUCCAGAAAAUGUGCGACUAUACACCUCUACACGACAAGCACUUAAAAUCAACAAGAACACAAAAGUUAUAAUACAGGGGUUCACAGGAAAACAGGGGACCUUCCAUGGAAAGCAAAUGAUCGAAUAUGGAACUAAGGUUGUUGGUGGUGUAAACAAGAAAAAGGCUGGAGAACAACAUAUGGGCUUGCCAAUAUUCAGGGAUGUAAAAGAGGCACGAGAAAAGACCGGCGCAGACGCAUCAGUAAUCUACGUACCUGCUCCAUUUGCAGCCAGUGCUAUUGAUGAGGCGAUGGACGCUGAAAUUCCUCUUGUUGUUUGCAUUACCGAAGGAAUACCUCAACAAGAUAUGGUUCGAGUGAAGGAUCGACUUGUUAAGCAGAAUAAAACUCGACUUGUCGGCCCUAACUGCCCAGGUAUAAUUACUCCUGAGGAAUGUAAGAUUGGCAUUAUGCCAGGACAAAUUCACAAGAAGGGUAUUAUUGGUGUAGUGUCAAGAUCUGGCACGUUGACUUACGAAGCAGUACAUCAAACAACCCAAGUUGGUCUGGGGCAAACUCUCUGCGUUGGUAUUGGUGGUGAUCCGUUUAAUGGAACAGAUUUUAUUGAUUGUCUUAGCAUUUUCUUGGAGGAUCAUCACACGAAAGGUAUAAUUCUUAUUGGCGAAAUUGGAGGAUCCGCAGAAGAAGAGGCUGCUAAGUUCCUUAAAGAUAAUAAUAAGGGUGAACAUGCGAAGCCUGUUGCCUCUUUCAUUGCUGGUUUAACAGCACCUCCAGGAAGGAGGAUGGGACAUGCUGGCGCUAUCAUUAGUCGUGGAAAGGGAACUGCGACUGAUAAAAUAAACGCUUUGAAAGAGGCUGGAGUACAUGUGACAGACUCUCCGUCAAAACUCGGUAUUACAAUAGCUAAAGCUCUUCUCGAACAAGUCACACAUCUAGAUGAUUAG